GGGGAGACUAAACUGAAGUUAGCGACCACCGAAGGGAAUACGUAACCUAAAGUUGUAUUUGUUUUACCGUUAUGGGAUCCAUUACAAAAGCAGUGUUGUUAGUUAUUGGUUCUACACUGGCGUGUUCAGUGGCUGUAUCAUCAAUGCGCGCCGUUUGUGAGGACGCAGCGACAUUUUUGGUGAACUACGAUGUGCAGAAAAUAAAGUCAGGUCGUUAUUCCGUUUCUCCUUCCGAACAAGUUUCUUGCCGAUGGGUCUUCAAAGCCUCCAACCCUCGACUCCCGAUUCACCUUGAUAUUCGACCACCCUUCAUUAAACACAGACCACAAGCGACCUGUAGUUUGUUAACAACUAUUAAAGACGGAAACACUGUGCUACGUACGUUCUGCGAACGUCAGCAAGAGUCGAAGCGUCUCUCAUUUACCGGCUACAGCGGUUCCAUGACCGUCGUUUUGGAGUCCAACAUACAGACAGCAGCUACCAUGAAGUCGAUCAAGAUCAAAUUCUACCAAGACAAAAACGAUCCGCUAAUCACUACAACUGCAGCUACAACCACGACUACAAAGAGACCUACUACCACGACCACAGAGAGGCCUACUACCACGACUACAAAGAGGCCUACUACCACGACUACAAAGAGGCCUACUACCACGACUACAGCCAGGCCUACAACCACAACUACAAAGAGGCCUACUACCACGACUAUAGCCAGGCCUACAACCACAACUACAAAGAGGCCUACUACCACGACUACAGCCAGGCCUACAACCGCAACUACAAAGAGACCUACUACCACGACUACAGCCAGGCCUACAACCUCCACCUCAGCCUGGCCUACGACUACAACCACGGCUGCAUCAAGGACUACAACGCCCGCUACAACCUUGCCUACUACGACCACCACUACAACGACACCAGACGAUGUCGCCAUGUGCGGAAUGUCACCGUUGGUCGCAUCAGACCGUGCUAACUAUAUAUACCCAUAUAUUUUCAAGUAAACGGAUAAUUCAGAGGCAUUGUGAUGGAAGCACUGAGUACUACACGAGUACGGAGGGCACAAUGACGGUCUUCUACAACUACGACGGCGAUGUCCUCUCAACCUCACAAAUCAGCAUCAAGUAUUAUCAAGAGAAAUAUCAGGAAGGUAAGUUUCUCGUUUAUAGUGAACUAGAUUUAUACAACUCGACUGCUACGUGGUCUCGUGAUAUGAUAUUCUUGCGCACUAUAAACUCGUGCAAUAAAGAAAUAUGGCAAAACAACUGGUAUGUGGUUCUCUACACACACACACACGAACGCACGCACGCACGCACACACUCUAUCUCUCACACAC